AAUUAUUGAAGGAGUUCCAAGAUAUUCUUCCGGACGAUCUUCCGAAUGAGCUACCGCCAUACCGAACGCAUCAACACGAGAUCGUGGAGGAACCGGGUUCGAAGCCGACCUUCCGAGCACCAUAUCGGCUCAGCCCCACGGAGCUGACCGACAAGAAGAAACAAAUCGAGUAUCUCUUAGCCAAAGGACUCAUCCGACCAUCCACUUCGCCGUACGGUGCCCCAGUACUCUUCACACCGAAACCGGACGGAAGCCUGCGCAUGUGCAUCGACUACCGAGCUCUUAACAAGCAGGCCAUCAAGAAUAAAUAUCCGAUACCACGAAUCGAUGACCUGCUUGACCAGCUUCGGGGAGCUACGGUAUACGCAUGGCGGAUAACUCUAUCCACAAAACUGCUUUACGAACUCGCCAAAAUGAACCACAUUCUACGACCACUUUUGGACGAAUGCGUAGUGGUGUACCUGGACGACAUACUCAUCUACUCGCGCAAUACGAAGCAGCACGUCGAACACCUGCGACGCGUCUUCGAAAUUCUUCGACGAGAACGAUUCUACGUCAAACUGUCCAAGAGCGAAUUCGCCCUUGAAAAGGUCCAGUUCCUAGGACACAUGGUGAGCGCUCAAGGAGUUCACGUCGACCCCAAGAAAAUCGAGGCCGUACGCACGUGGAAGACACCCGAGAACAUGAAGGACUUGCAGCAGUUCCUAGGCUUCGCUAAUUACUACAACAGGUUCGUGCCACAGUAUGCGAAAAUCGCAGCACCACUCACGAAUCUGCUGAAGAAGAACACGCCCUACAAAUGGGAGCCGAAGCACCAGGAAGCCGUGGAGCAGCUGAAGCAAGCACUUACGUCCGCACCGGUACUCAUUUUGCCAGAUCCCGAACGCGACUACGUCAUCGAAGCUGACGCCAGUGACCAAGCAGUGGGAGCGGUCUUCAUGCAAGAUCAAGGGAAUGGACUGCAACCAAUCGCUUACCUAAGUAAGAAACUACACGGGGCACAACUCAACUACCCGAUACACGACAAGGAGGCCCUGGCUAUCAUCAUCGCCUUCAAAGCGUGGAGAUGCUAUCUCGAAGGACGAAAAACAACCGUCUACACCGACCACUGCAGCCUGAAAUACUUGAAGACACAACCCAACCUUUCCAGGCGGCAGGUCCGGUGGAUCGACUUCCUCGAGACACACUUCCACUACGACAUCGUGUACAAGCCCGAUCACAAGAACAAAGCAGACGCUCUCAGCCGGCCUGCACACGUUGCCGCUAUUCAGGUCGAAUUGAUGAAUCCACUACUCAAGGGACUCUUCACACACGGGUACGCCACCGACCCCGAAAUUCCCUUGGCAGAAAAGCGACAUCCGAUACAGUGGGACAGUGACAUCGCGUACCGGAAAGGAUCAACGAAAAUCUGGGUACCCAAUUACCCUCCUUUGCGCCAGUUACUUCUCGAAGAAUACCACGACGUCCUCUACGCCGGACACUUCGGUAGCAACAAGACGCUGACCGGUAUUGCAAAGCACUACUACUGGCCCCACUUGGCAGAAGAUGUCCAGAAAUUCGUCACCUCGUGUGAUACAUGUCAGCGGAUGAAGAGCAGCAAGCAGAAGAAGGCGGGACUACUGCAGCCUCUUCCUGUCCCAGAACAACCAUGGCAAGUGGUUAGCCUGGACUUCAUCACCGGGUUACCACCUACCUCCAGCGGUCAUGACGCCAUCCUUGUCGUCAUUGACAAGUUCUCCAAAAUGGAACACUUCAUCCCGACACACACGACAGCACGCACCGAAGAAACAGCACAACUCUUCGUUCGAUACAUCAUCUCACAGCAUGGCAUUCCAACCACACUCAUUUCCGACCGAGACCCUAAGUUCACCAGCAAGUUCUGGAAGGAACUUAUGUCUCUCCUCGGGACCAAACUUGCCAUGUCAUCUGCUUACCAUCCGCAGACAGACGGACAGACCGAGCGCCUCAACCAAAUUGUUGAGCAACUCCUCCGAGCAGCCUGCAAAAACGAGAUCUCCAAAUGGGACUUGCACCUGCCCGUACUAGAGUUUGCUAACAACAAUGCUACACAUGCCGCUACUGGACAGACGACGUUCUUCCUCUGCUACGGACGCCACCCACUCACACCACAAAAACCGACAGCAUCAGCUACAGUCCAACCAGCACAUGAUUUCAUCACAACCAUGCAUCAGCUUUGGGAUCGGACCCACAAGCGCCUACUCGACAUUCAACAGCAACAGAAGCGCCAAGCCGAUUGCCAUCGCAACGAUCACACCAUCACGGUGGGAGACCAGGUGCUUCUUGACACCCGCAACCUGGACAUCGGCCAUCUCCCAUCUAAACUUCGACCUCGCUUCUGCGGGCCUUUUCUCGUUGAAGCACAGGUCACUCCGGUUACCUUCCGCUUACGCCUGCCAGCUACCUGGAAGAUUCACAACGCCUUCCACGUCCAACUUCUGAAGCCUUAUCGGGACCCGAACACGAUUUUCGUCGGACGCCAACCGCCGCCACCACCGCCCGUCCUCGUCCAUAAUGAACCCGAGUACGAGGUCGAGUCCGUGCUCGCACACCGCCGUCGUCGGAAUGGCACCGUGGAGCUUCUCAUCCGUUGAAAGUGUUGUGAUCCUUCUGAGGACA